AUGGAGGAUUUGGAGGUGGCACAGACUGAUCAGACAACCACGACUACUGGCAGCAAAGAAGCCUCCGCCGCCAUCUUUAACAAAACUAAUCGUACUGUUACAUUGAAGUUUGAGGAUGUUGUUUACAAGGUUAAACCCAAAAAAGGAGGGGAGCUAAAGAACUCAAAAUCGGAAGAAAAAAUUAUCCUAAAGGGAAUCACUGGUAUAGUACUCCCCGGUGAAAUGUUAGCCAUGUUAGGCCCAUCAGGCAGUGGCAAAACAACUCUCCUAACUGCAUUGGGAGGCCGGCUCAGUGGCCAACUCACCGGGACUAUAACUUACAACGGAGAACCUUUUUCCAACAUAAUGAAGCAAAAUACCGGAUUUGUCACACAGGACGAUGUCCUGUACCCUCAUUUGACCGUGACUGAAACGCUAGUGUUCACUGCUCUUCUUCGCUUACCUAAUAAUUUCACAAAAUUGGAAAAAAUCGGUCAUGCUGAGGCGGUUAUAAGUCAACUUGGAUUGACUACGUGCAAGAAUUGCAUCAUUGGAGGUCCAUUUCUAAGGGGAGUCUCUGGGGGAGAGCGAAAAAGAGUCAGUAUUGGGCAAGAAAUGCUUAUUAAUCCGAGUUUGUUGUUUUUGGAUGAGCCAACAUCAGGGCUUGAUUCCACGACAGCUCAGCGGAUUGUGUCAACAUUGUCGGGAUUGGUAAAUGGAGGGAGAACGAUUGUGAUGACGAUUCACCAGCCUUCAAGUAGGCUGUUUUACAUGUUUCAUAAGGUCUUGUUGUUGUCGGAAGGUAAUCCGUUGUAUUUUGGGAAGGGAGAUGAAGUGAUGGAUUAUUUCUCCUCCAUUGGUUAUGCCCCCUCCGUUGCCAUGAAUCCUUCUGAUUUUCUGCUAGAUCUUGCAACUGGUAUUUCAUCUGAUGGUUCCAGGGAGGAUCAAAAUGCGGUUAAGCAGACUCUGGUUUCUGCUUUUAAGACCAACAUCGCCGACACAUUGAAGUCAGAAACCCAUGAAACUGGCCACCAUCGCCUUCAUGGAGGAGGAUUACAAGACAAGCAGUUUGAGCGGUGGAAUACCACUUGGUGCCAACAAUUUUUGGUGUUGCUUAGGAGAGGUGUGAAAGAAAGGAAGCAUCAGGCGUUCUCUUUUCUCAAAAUCGGACAGGUCUUGGUGGUUUCUUUACUUGUAGGGUUACUAUGGUGGCAAUCUGAUAUAUCUCACUUACAAGAUCAGAUAGGACUUCUCUUCUUCACCUCCGAAUUUUGGGGCUUCUACCCUCUCUUCGAAGCCAUUUUCAUGUUCCCACAAGAACGCAGGAUGCUAGCAAAGGAAAGAUCCUCCGGCAUGUACAGGCUCUCGUCAUAUUUCAUGGCAAUGACAGUUGGCGACCUGCCAAUGGAGCUUGUCCUCCCCACUGUCUUCCUAACCAUAAUCUAUUGGAUGGCAGGGCUGAAACCCACUGUGUUAAACUUCUGCAAGACCUUGUUUGUUCUCCUAUAUAGCGUCCUAGUCUCUCAAGGACUAGGACUCGCACUUGGUGCCAUAGUGAUGCAUCAAAAAUCGGCUGCCACACUUGGAGGGGUCAUCAUGCUAUCGUUCCACUUAACCGGAGGGUUCUAUGUACAACAUGUCCCUAAAUUCAUAGCAUGGAUUAGGUAUAUAUCUAUCAGUCGGUACACAUACAAGCUCUUGUUGGGGUCACAAUACAAGGCCAGUGACACAUACCCUUGUGCUGCUAAGAAUGGGACUUGUUUGGUUGGGGAUUUUCCUUCAAUUAAGCUUGUGGGACUUGAUCGAUAUGGCUUGUCAGUGUUUGCCCUUGGUAUAAUGCUCCUAGGUUACAGGACUGUGGCUUAUAUUGCCCUCAUGAGGGUUGGAGUCACCAGAAAAUAGGUUUCAAAGUUUUUCUUUUUAAACUUUUUGUACAACCCCUAUCAGGAUUGUAACUUAAUUUUAGUUUCUUUCAAAAAAAAUAAAUAAAAUAAAAUAAUAAAUGCCUUUGAAAUUAGUCAAUUGUUAUAAUUUUCUAACAAAAAUUUCAUCUUAACCAGGUGCAAACUAGAAAUUAAUUUUGCUCUGAUUUCAUUUUCCAUCAUAUGCUUUUACUCUAAUUAAGGUUGAUGAAGAGGAAGAAUAGUGGUCAAUGAUGAACUACUGACUCAACUAAGAGCCCUUCUGAUUCCAGACAUGCUUGGUGCUGUUUAUGAGAGAGAAAAAUGUCUUUGAAGAACAAUCCCUGUUUCUUUUUCUAUUUCCUUCCAGUUGGAAA